GCCUCCCGUCGUCGCCGUGCCCGCGCGAACGGCGCUUCCCGAUAUGCCCCCGACCAGAUCAAGCCGCGGCGGCGCACCCCCGCGCCCCAGCACGAGCGGAUCGAUCGCGCGACGCAUGCGCCGACCAACUCUACUAUGGACGUCGACAUGCCCGAAGCCAAGCCCGCUGCUUCAAGCUCUGUCUCGCUCCCUCGCCGCCUGACGAAACCUGCCUUCAAGCCAAUCAACCGGGAGGCGAUUCGCGCUGCCGACCCUGAGCUCGCGGAUACGCCGACCCCUUAUAUCCAGCUUAGGCUAGCAGAGCAUGGCAAUGCCAUGUACAAGGUCCUCCAAUCCGUCGAAGCGUCUGCUCCGGAGCGCAAAGAGGAGAUGCCAAAGGAGGUUAAAAUAGUAGUCAACGAUGUCAAGACCGCCGAACUCCCCACUCACAUACUCGGCGUAUACCGCAACUGGGCACUACCUGGAGAGAGCAACAAACGGGUCGACCUCUAUCCCGCUCACCACAUCAUGCUCGCCGCUCACUGUUCCAACCUCCCUCCUAUCCCGGCACCACCAGCACAGAGUGCUCCAGAAGAAGCGCCGGCGACCAUCACUGUCCCAUUCCUCCCGAUCUGCAUCCCUUCGCCCCAAACCUUCCCGUUACUCCUUACGUACAUCUACACCGGACGCGAAGAUGCCCUCUACUCUGCUUUGCUCCCGAUGCCGGUACCCUCAUACCCGCCGACGGCCACCACCGAGGAACAGGCGCGGAUAGACCAAGAGUUCUCCGCUUUGCUAGCGCGGUCGUUCCCCGCGGCCAAGCUCCUCGAAUGGGCAAUGCGCGUCAAUGGACUUUGGAGGAACACGUGCACUCUGGGCGUUGACCUCGACGAUCUGUGGACGGCCAUCGACCUCUGCUGGGUGCUGCUUCUGGACGCCAUCGCCAUCUCCACUGGAGGUCCGCGAGUAUCACGGUUUUGAGAGCUCGCUGUCUCUCAUGCGCCAUGUCUUAUGCUGUAAAGGACCCGAAGAACCCGACCAUCGCUGUAUGCUCAUAUUAUUACCUACUAUGUACACC